UAGAGUCGGUCCCCAUACGCCUUGUAAUAUCAGUGAUACAGAAUUAAAGGCCUGAAAAUAAUAUUUUUGCUCGACCUCCAAAUAUUCAUAACUUUCUUUAUUCGGUAUUAAGAAAAAAAGGGGGCCAUGAAUUUCGAAUUGGAGCGAGAGAUCGGUUUCAUUAACAGUCAGCCUUCGCUCGCCGAAUGCCUGACGUCCUCCUACCCCGCUGUCGCUGAGACAUUUCAAAGUUCAUCAAUCAAGAACUCGGCGCUUUCAGGCUCGACACUAAUUCCUCCUCCUUUUGAGCAGACCAUCCCAAGCUUGAAUCCCAACAGCAACCAGCAACAGCGGCCAAGUCGCGUACAGCGGCCUCCAAAUGGCCCGUUCCCAUCUGCUGCCGCCGCCGCCGCCGCCGCCGCCGCGGCCGAGUUCCCGUGGAUGAAAGAGAAAAAGUCGUCGCGGAAAAACAACCAAGCGUCUGUGUCGCUGUCAGCUACAAUUCACGGGACCUCUCCUCCAGCGGCGGCGGAAUCUCCGACAGACGGCACGGGCGAGCAAGACAUCAGUAGCUGUAGUGCGCGGAGAUUAAGGACUGCCUACACAAACAUGCAACUCCUGGAGCUCGAGAAAGAGUUCCACUUUAACAAGUAUCUGUGCAGGCCACGGCGAGUGGAGAUCGCUGCCUUGUUAGACCUCACCGAGAGACAGGUCAAAGUUUGGUUCCAGAACCGCCGCAUGAAACACAAGAGGCAAGCACAGUAUAAAGAAAACCAGGACGCCGGGGUCAGUUUUCCCAACAGCUCGCUGCCAGAGAGCGAAGCCGAGGAGGCAUCGCCUUAUAACCAACCCGUCGAAGUGUCGGGAACCAACUUAGACAAUAAAAACUGCGCCGACCAGGCGCGAAAGCAAAGUCUGAGUAAAGAACUCCAAAACUUGCAAGAACUGACAGCGUACGGCAGCGACGCUAAAGCCCGGAGUCCCUUCAAUCUAACGGGAGCAGCAGACAGUGGUUUUACAGCAGGCCAGAAUUGUCUGGUCAGUUUCGAUAGCGUCAGCGUGGACGCCCUAGAACUGAUCUCCCUCACAGAUUUGAACAUGUUCUCUUCGGAUUCCUACCUGCCAUUCUCCGAUGGCUUAUCGCCCAGCUUGCAAGGGUCUAUCGACAGCCCUGUGGAUAUCCCCGAGGACAGUUUUGAUUUUUUCACCAGCACUCUGUGCACGAUAGACUUACAGCACCUCACUUAUCAAUAACCAUUGGCGAGUCAAAGAGUCAGUGUAAAAAUGCAGCCAUGUUAAAAAACAUAUGUUGAGUGUUUAAAUAACAAUAAUGUGGAAUAAUAAAAGUCUGUGUGAUGUAGGGUUGAUCUCACACUAAAUAACUUAUUCUCCAGCUUUGACUUGGGAGCCGACAGGAAUGACAGUCAAUAUUGCACAGGUAUUUAAUGAAACACAGUUGUAUUCAGUUGUAGUUUCGACAAUUAUGUCUACGAUUGUGAAUUCUCCUCCUCACUACUCAGGAAAAUAUGUUGUAUUUGUAUUUAUAGUAUCGCUGCUUUAUCUUAUAGCUCCCUAAAGGAUAACUGUGACGAGUUAUUUUAAGUUUUAGAGGUAGCCUAUUUAUUGAAAAUAUUGAAAUAGUGAAUUUUAACUUAUUUAUUGUACAUUAUUUUUCAUAGUUUAAAUAAAACAACUUAAUUAUUUAAUGAAA